UUAGUUAUGUUACAGCUAACAUUAAUACAACCUCUCUAACUAGCCAGUAAUAACAAGCUAAUUACAAUUAAACAUAUAAAUUAACAAGGUAGCUAGGCUUCUUUCUUGGCGGCUAAGGUUAUUGAAAAAAUUCGUCAGAGAUAAUACAAGGCGGCGGCGCUGCGGCGGAAUGAGGAUGGUGUCGUCACCGGGAACGAAAGUAUUGGAGAUCAACUUGAUUUCAGCACAAGAUCUUCAGCGACCAAAGGCUUCAGUGAGGAGACUCAAAACGUACGUGGUGAUAUGGAUGGAUCCGUCCUACAAGCUCCGAACACAGGUUGACCAGAUCGGCGGCAAUAACCCUACCUGGAACGACAGGUUUCUCUUCCGAGUCACGCCGGAGUACCUCGCCAGCGUAACCUCUGGCUUCUCCGUAGCCAUCUUUGCCGUCGGGACUUUCCGCGACCACCUCGUCGGCACGGUGAGGAUCCUGGUGAGUAACAUCCUCUCCACUGUAGAGCCAGCAAUGAAGCCUUGCUUCAGCGCCGUCCAGGUGCGCCGCCAGUCAGGGAGAUUCCAGGGGGUCUUGAACGUCGGCGCCAGGGUGGUCGACGAGUUCUACUUCCCGGCAUGGCACAAGGUACCGGCGAUAGGGCUCCACGAUCUGAUGCUGAAGGUGGAGAAGCAGCGCCGCCGCAACAAGCUGGGACUCUCGAGCGGUGAGAAUUCUUUGUCGGAGUCGUCUAAGACGACGUCGUCUUUGCCAUCAUCACCGGACGAUGACCGGUGAAAGUGUUAAAGGAGGAAAACAAAUGAUAUUUGACGCUCCAGAUUACUCUACGCACUUCCUAGGCAAAGCUCGUAAAUGGUGGAGACAUUAGCGCUUACGUACUCAGCCCUUGCUCUUUUUUUAUUUUUUAUUUUUAUUUUAUUUUUAUUUGUGGCUUAUUUGUAUCCGAACAAAUAAACUAAAGCUGGAUGGAGAGUGGAGACCACAAUCUAAUUGUAAUUAAAUGAGGGCAUUUAUUAUGUCA